UAUGAGGGUUACGGCUACUUGUUUACUACUAGCGCUGCUGCUAGCGGCGCGGGUGGAGGCAUCCCUACGCAACAAUUUUGCCCCCCAGCCUAGUACCUACUGUCAGGCGCCCCGGGAUAAUGCCGUUCUCCCGCCGGAUUUCCACGCGGCGUGCAAACGGCAUAGUGAAGGCGAGCGCGAUAAGCUGACACAAGCGUACGAGGUUCUUCUCAAACACGUGGCUGGACUUAUGUCGGAAACGGGCCCCGUUACCAAGGCGGUGAGGCCUUUUCUUAAUGCACUGGGAAGAAGGACACUUAAUCCACCGCUUGGCCCUAACGCGGGGCUGCGUAAGAGUACGAUGGUUGCGGCGAUCGAAGCGGGUCGCCUCGCGGAAGCCAUGACGCUGUACCUAGAAUCGCGUGGCUGGGAAGAUUGGCGCUCGGUUGUGGAUCGGAUCUUCGCGAAACCGCGCCGCCACCGGCAGAACAUCGAAAAUCUGAUCGCCUUCGUUCGGAUGCUGCCGGCGCGGCAGGAGCAGCUCGAGUUCUACCACCAUCUGCGCAGCCCAUUGGUGACCCAUAAGUAUCAUGAAGGCUACCUCGGCGCACUGUUUGCCAACGGCGCCCGGUGGGUGGUGUUUGCUGACGACGGGAAAACGGUGCGCAAUCAAACGGAUGAGCGACUCCUUUGGACGACUAUGGUUGAUGCUGCUGGAGGGUAUUUUAAGCGAAUCUUUUUGUCAGCCGACAACAUCGUCGAUCUAGCUUCGCUUGACCGUGACUUUCCGGACGAGUUUACGAUGCUUCUGCCGACGAUUUUCAACGUCACGAAAAACGAUUUGCGCUUCAUAGACCCUUGGAAAAUGAUAGAGCUUCCAUGCGAGAUGGACCGAUCACACUCGAAAUUAAUGAUGUUCCAAGAAAUGAUCCUAGUGCUACAGCGUCACUUCACCUGGGUUAAUCAAAAUCAUAUUCAUUCUCGUUGGCUUGCUCUAAGGUUUAAGGAUUGCCUACCCAAGUUUGGAAAAGAUUCCGCUAGUCAGAAGCUGAUAAACAGCGUCAAGGAUUUGUUUGGUAAAUUCGAAAAAGGAGUGACAUACGAAACGCUUAUCAAACCUAGAUAGUAAACAUGCAAAAGAAAAGCUGAGCUGAGAAAUAAAACUAAACUUGGAGAGUG